AUGCAUUUUAACCUUCGAGGAUCGAUCAAUCGACGACUGACACAAUUUGGUUCCGGCGCCUAUUCACCCGGUACUCUUGUGCACUUCAGUGAUCCGACCCGUUCUGAAUUUAUCCUCCUCGAACAAAUCAGUUUCUAUUUAAGAGAAAAUAUUCUCAUAACCUUUCAAGAAACACCCAAAGAUCUAUUCGAUUCAAUUAAAAAUCGCAUUCGACAAGGUAAAGGUCGUAUAAGAAAAUCAAAAGUCGACUAUUUAUUCUAUUCACUUAUCGAUGUCAUUGUCGAUCACUAUAUGGAUGUUUUGGAUACAAUGCGUAUGAAAGUCGACUUGAUUGAUAAUCAUCUACUUAUGAAAAAACUUAAACGUGAUACAUUAGAAUCGAUCUGUGAUAUGAAACGUAACAUGCUCUAUUUACGUGCAAUUAUUUCGCCAUUAAAAGAAAUUAUUAUUAAACUACAAAAAGAAGAAGAAACUCAAAUUAUGCAAGAGAGUACAAAUAUAUAUUUGAAAAAUUUAUUUGAUCGUGUUGUACAAGUCAAUGAUUCGAUUGCACAAAUGGAAAAUCAUCUGAAUUCAUUUCAAAAUGAUAGAAAGAAGCAAAAUACGCCUUGCCUGACUUUUUAG